UUGAUGUCCCUUAUGUUGUGAAGAGUAUGGAUGUGUCAUUUAGUGGCAUAUUGAGCUUUAUUGAAGCUGCGGCGAUUGAAAAGCUUAAAAAUAAUGAGUGCACACCUGCGGACCUAUGCUACUCAUUGCAGGAAACUAUCUUUGCCAUGCUUGUCGAAAUUACUGAAAGUGCCAUGGCACACUGUGAUUCAAAGGACGUUCUUAUUGUUGGUGGCGUCGGUUGCAACGAACGUUUACAGGAGAUGAUGAAGAUUAUGUGCUCAGAAAGAGGGGGUAGGCUGUUUGCAACUGAUGACCGCUAUUGUAUAGACAAUGGGGCAAUGAUUGCAUAUACUGGUUUACUGGCAUAUGCACAUGGCAUGACCACUCCCCUUGAGGAGUCGACAUUUACACAAAGAUUCCGAACUGAUGAAGUUCAUGCAAUUUGGAGAGAGAAGGAGAUGCCGGUGCUAAAUAACACCCAUUCAGAUGCAAUUGCUGAAGUUUCUAUAGAUGAAGCCUCCAUGGCGACACCAAUCGUUAUAGAUUACUGAGGUAUAAUUGGCCUUUACAAUUUUGUCUUGCUGCUAAUGUUUUUGCAUGAUAGCUAAUGCAAUUUGGAUUGCUGGAGACAAUCGCUACCAAUUACUCUCCCUCUAUUCCAAACUCUAAGACAUUUUGCUUUUCUAGAUGCAUAGUGUUUGCUAUGACCCU